AUGGAUGGUGCUAAGCUUGUUCGCACUCCCCUUGUACCUCUAUUUAAACUCUCAGCUGCUAAUAGUCCAAAGAGUAUAGAUGAGGAUCACAUUAAUCAUAUGAAGGUCGUUCCCUAUUCCCAGGAUGUGGGACAUUUGAUGUAUCUAAUGACUUCAACCAGAUCAGAUCUGUCCUAUGCUACAAGUUUGGUCAGUAGAUACAUGUCUAGUCCUAGUAAGCGUUAUUGGGAAGCAACUAAAUGGAUACUAAGGUAUCUUUGUUCAUCAAAGGAAGCUCGAAUCUUAUACAAACAUAAUGACCCCUCUAAUGAUGAAAUGUAUGGUUAUAUGGAUGCUGAUUAUGCAGGGGAUCUAGAUAGGAGACGCUCACUAUCUGGAUAUGUUUUCCUAUGUGGAAACAAUCUAAUAAAUUCGAAAGCAAGUCUACAAUCUAUUGUGGCCCUAUCCACAACAGAAGCUAAGUUUAUAGCUCUGUCUGAGGUUGUCAAAGAAGGUUUGUGGCUGAAGGGAUUACUAAAUGAUUUCGGCAUUACACAAGCAAGAGUGAGAAUUGAAGGAACUCUUACAAAAGAGAACUAG